GCCACCACCAUGCGCCAGGCCUUGACGCAGCCGCGCUCCAGCGCGACCCCCCUCGCCGACUCCGCGGGGUCUUUCAAUAGAAGAAAAAGAAAUUCCCUCUACGUAACAGUGACCCUUCUCAUUGUGUCUCUGUUAAUUCUCACGGUUGGGCUUGCGGCUACAACAAGAACCCAGAAUGUGACUGUCGGAGGGUAUUACCCGGGGGUUAUUCUUGGUUUUGGGUCAUUUCUUGGAAUUAUUGGAUCAAAUUUGAUAGAAAAUAAAAGGCAAAUGCUGGUUGCAUCGAUCGUGUUUAUCAGUUUUGGCGUCAUCGCUGCCUUCUGCUGCGCCAUUGUGGACGGCGUGUUUGCUGCUAGGCACAUAGAUCUGAGGCCGCUGUAUGCAGGACGGUGUCAUUACUAUUCUAAAAAUACAGCCCAGCCACAGGCAGUCUGCCACCCCCAGCACCGUACCGCCUGCACACCUAAGAUCAAAACCAAUACCUGUUUCUGCUGUGAUCUGUACAACUGUGGGAGCAGAGUGGAGAUCUCCGGCGGCUAUUACGAAUACAUCGACGUCAGCAGCUGCCAAGACAUCAUCCACCUUUACCAUUUGCUCUGGUCAGCCACCAUCUUGAACAUCAUUGGCUUGUUUCUGGGCAUCAUCACCGCUGCCAUCCUGGGCGGCUUUAAAGAUAUGGUUCCCUCGCUUCCUGCUCUUAAUUGUACAGUUGAAAAUGCCCGGCCCGCCGUGUCCUAUUACUCGAGACCCCAGGCGACGUCCUACAAUACGUAUUAUCACAGCACGCCUCAUCUGCCGCCGUAUUCAGCAUAUGACUUCCAGCAUUCCAGCAUGUUUCCGGCCUCGACGCCGUCCGGCCUUUCGGACGACCCUCCGUCGCUCUCUCCGUCCCCGAGCUACGUGUGGUCCCCCACUGCUCCUCCCCGUUACUCCCCACCCUAUUUCCCGCCGUUUGAAAAGCCGCCCCCUUACACGCCGUAGGGAGGGGAGGGCGAAACACCAGCGCUGGAACUCCUUGUGAACCUUUUAUACAGGAGAGCGAGGGCACGGGCACACCGUGACAUAUUGCAUACCUAGAAAUAUAACACCG